CUCCUUUCAUAACCAGCUUCCUCAUCAGUGGCUAGGGCUUUCACCAAACAACCCUACCUUCUCCUCCUGCUCGUUGUUCUCUAGCAAUAAUAAUUAGAGGCACUUCGACCUUGGGGCACUCGAUGUCCGAGCCCUUUUGAGUUCUGAGCCAAUUUGCCCACUGCAGUCUGAAAAAAAAAAAGGGGGCAUUUGCAUUAACCCAAGUCAUGGGCCUGGUGGGCUAAAUGCAAGUCAAGGUCUUAUCCUCUUUGGGCGCAUUUAACAGUGAACCAACAAAGACUAAGACUUCCAGUUCCAGAGGGACGGGAAACAAAAACAAAAAUGGGGAAAUGGUGGAAACUUGGGGCGGUGGUAGGGGUGAUAGCGAUAACCAGAGAGCUGAAUCGGCGUUACGGAUGGGGUUUUGACAGGGACACUGCUCUCGGCUUGUUCCAGCAAUGGUCCGAUCGACUGGGGAUGUGGGCCAUCCCCAUUUACGUAGCGCUCCAUACCCUCAGCCUGGCGCUUUGCUUGCCCUACGCCGUCUUCUUUGAGGCGGGGGCUUCUAUUCUUUUCGGCUUCUUGCCCGCCGUCCUCUGUGUCUUCUCCGCCAAGCUCCUUGGUGCUUCGCUCUCCUUCUGGAUCGGAAGGCUAGUUUUCAGGAGUUCAAGUUCAGCAUUGGAGUGGGCCCAAAGGAACAAAUACUUCCAUAUUCUUUCUCGAGGAGUUGAACGUGAUGGUUGGCGAUUUGUCCUUCUUGCUCGUUUCUCACCAAUGCCUUCAUAUGUCAUAAAUUAUGCCUUAGCUGCGACAAAAGUUCGAUUCUUAGUGGAUUUUCUUCUCCCAACAGUUAUUGGAUGUCUGCCAAUGAUAUUGCAGAACACUUCCAUUGGCAGCCUUGCUGGUGCUGCUGUCUCAUCAGCAUCUGUCUCCCAGAAGUCUCAGGUUUGGUCAUACAUUUUUCCUUCACUUGGAAUUGUAUCAAGCAUUCUUAUUUCUAUGAGGAUCAAAAAGUAUUCCACUGAUAUAACCCUGGAUGAAUCUUCUUCUGGUGACCAUACUAACAGUUGCAAUAGUUCUGACUCAUCCCAAAGCUUAGAUGGUAAAGAAUGUAUCAAUGGCCUAAAGAAAGGGCAAUAAUGCAAUUAUGAAUUUGGUAAUAAUUGUUUUUCUUAGUCCAAGGGCUUGACUUUCCUUUUCUGUCCUUCACAAGGUAAUAUCUAUAGGGGUUGUUUGGAUCACUAUUUGUUAAGAAUUAGAGUCUGAUCAUCUUCUUGUCAUUUCCAUUCAUUAGAUACUCGAUGAUACUGUUAAAUCUUAAGAAGCUUAUUUGAGUGAUACUGUUAAUGUUGGUAAUUUUCCGAUCAGCAAAGCUAUAAGUCAUGUCUCGAUGCUGAGAUAUGCAUCAUGCCUCUAUUUGAUAUUCUGAUAGAUAUUACGUCAGAAUUUUCUUCAUUGAUAUUAGCCUAGUAAGCUGCUGAUAUGGAGCUCCCAAGUUUCUGUGGAUUCAUCAUUUGGUUCUAAUAUUUUGUUUAGUGCGUUCAAUCAUCUUUGAGAGUGAUGGAGCUCCCAUUGCAUUACUUUCCUCUUUAGCUAAGUACUUCCCUGUCUUGAUGUGCAGCUCUGUAUGUUUCAUAUUCCUUUGAUGAAAAUAUAUGGUCAAAUAAAUGUUCGUGUAGCUG